GUUGGAUUCCUUCAUCGCGUCUGUUCUUCGUGUCCUGUCGAUCAUCUGAGCAAACAUCUGGUAUCCAGAUAGACAACAGAACCUCCAAUACAAACCUCAGAUACACAUUUCAAGAUGGCUGGAGGGGCAGUAGUCGGGACGACCGAUACGUCACGUAUCGAGGCUCCUGUUACUAUCAAGGCCUACCUUAUGUGCGCUUUUGCCGCCUUUGGAGGAAUCUUCUUUGGUUACGACACUGGAUGGAUGGGAGGCAUCAUGGGAAUGCCAUACUAUAUUCGACAGUAUACUGGCCUUCCAUACCCUGACCCAGAUGACGCCGCAGCCGUUGCUGCGUUCGUCCUUCCUGGAUGGCAACAAUCUCUUUUGACCGGUAUCUUGUCUUGUGGAACCUUUUUUGGAGCCAUUGUUUCUGGUGACAUUGCCGACAGAAUUGGCAGAAGGUGGACGAUUAUUAGCGGAUGUCUUAUCUUCAGUGUUGGUUGCAUCUGCCAAACUGCCUCCACUGGAUUGGCCUUGAUGGUAGUUGGCCGACUGAUCGCUGGUCUUGGAGUUGGUUUCAUCUCUGCUAUCAUCAUUCUCUACAUGUCCGAGAUUGCUCCUAAGAAAGUUCGUGGCGCCCUCGUUGCCGGUUACCAAUUCUGCAUCACUGUUGGCAUCCUUAUGGCCAACUGUGUCGUCUACGCUACACAAGACCGCGAUGACUCUGGAUCAUACCGUAUUCCAGUUGCAGUUCAAUUCCUCUGGGCUAUCAUCUUGGGAGCAGGACUUUUCUUCCUGCCAGAGUCCCCACGUUACUUCGUCAAGCAAGGAAAGAUCGAGGAAGCUACAAAGGCACUCGCCAAUGUUCGUGGACAACCAGCAGACUCUCAAUUUAUUCAAGACGAACUUGCGGAAAUCAUCGCCAACCACGAAUAUGAGUUGUCCGUUGUUCCUGAGACUUCGUACCUGGGAAGCUGGGCAAACUGCUUCAAGGGUGACAUUGGAAGAGCUAGCUCGAACAUCAGACGAACCCUUCUCGGUAUCGGACUUCAGAUGAUGCAACAGUUGACCGGAAUUAACUUCAUCUUUUACUAUGGUGUGGUUUUCUUCAAGAGUCUUGGCACGAUCAGCAACCCUUUCCUCAUCAGUCUGAUCACCACACUCGUCAACGUUCUGUCAACACCAGCUGCAUUCUGGCUCGUUGAGAGAGUCGGUCGCCGAAACCUUCUCAUCUUUGGAGGAACUGGAAUGGUUAUCGCCCAAUACAUUGUUGGUAUCGUUGGUGUUACAGUCGGUGAAGAUAAGGGUGAUGACACCAACACAGCCGCUGUUUCUGCUAUGAUUGCCUUCAUCUGCAUCAACAUCACAUUCUUCGCAACGACUUGGGGUCCUUGCGCAUGGAUCGUCAUCGGAGAGGUCUUCCCGCUUCCAAUCAGAUCUCGUGGUGUUGGUCUAUCCACCGCAUCUAACUGGUUCUGGAACUGCAUCAUCGCAAUCAUCACACCUUACCUAGUCGAUGCUCAAUACGCCAACCUCUCCUUCAAGAUCUUCUUCAUGUGGGGUUCGCUCUGCAUGGUUUCUGUUCUUUUCGCCUACUUCCUCGUCCCAGAGACUAAGGGUCUGUCUCUCGAGCAAGUCGAUAGAAUGCUCGAGGAGGUCACGCCACGCAAGUCCCGUUCAUGGGUACCUCACUCGACUUUUGCUGGUGAGAUGGGUAUGGCGAAGAACCAUGGCAAUAUUGAUGGCAAGCACGGUGAUUCGACCGAGGAGACUGAGCUUGAGCAAAACACUCCGGCCGUCAAGCACACAGUUUAAAAGGCUGAUGAUGUCGUUGUAUGUUGUUGUUAGGGUGAUUAGUGAGUGGUGCGGGAUGCUAUGCUUAUGGUAGCCAGGCAUUAACAUAUAUAAUUGGCGUAGAGCAGAGUGUAAAGAGUAGACAGUUGAAUAUACCCAAGGCGAUCCGGGUCCGUUUGCAGCUAAAUUAGUUGCUUCAAUAUCACUCUCUGAUGAAUAGUGACAUGAUGAAUAGUGAUAUGCAGAAUGCUGAGAGAUGAUGAAGUUCAGGUAGCCGGCAGGUUCCAAG